GGCCGUGUUAUUGGUCAAAAGUUGACCACGCUCUGGAAUGUUUCGACACGACCAGAUUGGCGAUCUGGUUCUACAGGUGUCCAGCACCGCGACGCAGGCCCGCGACUUGACAGGCUCGAGCACCCAGGACAUUGUCGCGCCCAUGUCUAGCCCUCGAAAGCUGUCUGCGUCCGUGACGGCAACCUCUCGGCUAUCAGCUGACUUUGUCGACGACGUUGCCAACGAGGGUUGCGACGACGUCCAUAUCUCUGUCGAGGACCUGAAGGACCAAAACCGGUGGACGCCAAGUGAUGCAUGCCACUCAUGUCGAUGUUGCGGCGAUGAUUUCAGCUUGUUUCAAACCAAACACCAUUGCCGCGCGUGUGGCCAUGUCAUUUGUCUCGAGUGCGUGGUGAAGAGGCCCGUCGUGUUGCCUAUGGCUGGUCGCACCGUUAUCAAGUUUUGCAAGAACUGCGUGCAUUCGAAAAAGGAACAAGGUUCGUCGAGUGCUAUGCAGGCGACAAGGGUGAUGGAACCGGCAGCAGCAUUGGAGGCAUCCAACAGUUCCCAGUCGCACGGGAGCACCCACAGCGGCCGAUCCGACACUCGGAUAGCCGGCGAGGGGACGACCCACAGUCGGGGUUUUGAAUCGGGCAAAGUCCCCGUGCUGCCGUAUCGAGCCUUGAUGCAUCCCGACGACUGGGCGCCAGAUUCCACCCGGAAGGAGUGUGUUGUGUGCCAUGUGAAGUUUUCUCUUUUUGGCAAGCGCAGACACCACUGUCGAGUCUGUGGGGAAAUUAUGUGCAAGGACUGCACGGCGAUGCGCGAGGCGAUUUUGCCACGCGUAGGUGUAGCCGAGGUGCGUGUGUGUUUAGUUUGUGUACCGCAUCCCACGGAAGUGCCGUGACUCCACACCAGUGCAUCACUGGAUUGCCACUUUCAUCAUCUGCAGCCGUAGACAGAAGGGUUUCGAUUGCAAUACAUUCUAACGAUUGAUUCAUUCUCUCGGCUGCGCAUGUGGAGCGCCACUACGCCGCGUUCG